AGAUUUAUGACAAUGGUAUGAUGCUGUUUUCAAAUACUGGUUCCCCUACCACCGCGUACGAUGGAACUUCAGACGUAUUUGGCAUUCUCAACCAAGCAUUUGCAACACCACUUUGGUUCAAGGAGGAAGCCGGUUUACAGUACAAAUUUACAUACAAACAUCUGACGGCGGCUUCUGUGGUAGACGCUGGUGAUAAAGCUAUUGGGCAAUCAAAGUGCGACUUACAGAGAAUUGCAAACAUAAUUGGCGACUGUAAGGCGGAUGGAUACAGGGAUUCACUGUCGGACGUGAAAGAAGCUCUUAUUGUCACGUGGUCAAUAUGUCAAGCUAUUGCUGGCAAGGUACGGAGGAAGAAAGAUAUUACAAAACGCAGCCUGACGAGAUAUUACUAUCAAGGAAUUCUUGCUGUCAACGAUGCAGGCGAGACCCAUAUAAUAUUUCUUUAUAAUGAUCCGGCUGGAAUUCCUGGGGCAGCAACACAAUACUCAACGGGUUACAUAUCUGGUCAGUCGGUGGCUGCACCUACAAGUAACGCUGGGGUAUGCCCUUAUACGUCAACGACCAUUGCAAGCGGAUCAAAAUUACAUACUCAGUCGAACUGCAGAUGUGGCGAACACACACAAGGAAUCUAUUCAUUUAUGACCAGUGACGGUAAGUCAGUCAGUCACCACCACUUUUAUAUCAGAGGAUAUGAAAUAAAAGUGGAUUCAAUAUUGUGUAAUCAAAUAAGUGUGGAUUUAAUAUUGUCAAUCAAAUCAGUGUGGAACCCAUAUUUAUUUAUCAAAUGAAUGUGGAUUCCAUACAAUUUGAUCGCCUCGGCUAUAGAGGAUAUUCAAGUUUUUUCUAUAAAUACAUGAUUUAUUUUCAUCGAGUGGUAUGAAAAUAAAUAUUUCAUGAGUGGCGGUAGCCACGAGU